AUGGUCUACAAUGAGAUUCUCAGGACGCUGGGAGCCAAACCUAUGCUCGUCCUUUUUUCUGGUAUCGGAUGUGGGCCCUGCGAUAAUGUGGCUCCUUACUUCGAGAAGUUAUCUGAGGUGUACGGCUUUGACUUCUACAAAACCGAGCGUUCCAUGAGCAAACUAGACGAUAUUUUCAAGACGGAAACGCCCCACAUCAUUGCAUUUCCUACUUUUGGAUUCUUCAGGUUUGGUAUGGAGUUGGGGAAGGUUGUUGGAGACAGCCCUGAGCAGCUCAAGGAGUGGAUCGAACUUAGCAUCAAGUAUAAAGGCGACUGA